AUGCCUCAAGAAUACUUGGAUAACGAGACGUUCUUAACACGGCUAGAAUCUGCCUUCAAGACAGCGUCCGAAGAGGGGAGCCGAGCGGGGAGUGUAUGGUUGACUCAUAAACGAUAUACAUACCAAGAAGACCCAGCAUCUCCGAAUCAGAACCAGAACGCGAAUCCCGAUGUCGAUGGAGACGUAGACGCAGACGAUGUGGAGAUGGAAGCCGUAAACUCCUCAACCCCAACCACAACUACCGGAGGAGAGAAAGAAUACGAAGUGCUCGUCAGGUGUACGAAUGGGUCUGAUUUGAAUUUCUCUACACGGAUACCCGCCCCCUCCCUCCCACAAUUCCACACCCUCUACGCAUCCUACCUCCGCUCCCAAUUCGCAUCUACCAUGAUCAAACGUGACAAGAAGAAAGAAAAGCUCAAAGCUGAGAAGCGGGAGGCUUGGAAGAAAGACUUGUUGGUGGAUGUUAGGACGGAGAGUCGGGUGGAGGGGACGGGGAAGAAGGUUGGGCAUAGGCAGAGGGCCCGUCGACUACAAGCUCAACGUAAAAAAGAAGCUCAGCGUGAAGAGUUGGAAGAGCGGGAGAGGACUUCGACUAGGCCGGGCGUAUAA